GUGCUCGGUACCUGUCUGAACAGAUUCACCGUAAACACGUUAAAUUAACGGAGAUGGAAACGAACCCGCCGAAGAGGAGAGACAACAAGAAGUCUCUGCGGGUGAAGGUGAUCAGCCUCGGGAACGCGGAGGUGGGAAAGAGCUGCAUCAUCAAACGUUACUGUGAGAAGAGGUUCGUCCCAAAAUAUCUGGCGACUAUCGGCAUCGACUACGGCGUCACUAAAGUGCAGGUACGAGACCGAGAGAUCAAAGUGAACAUCUUUGACAUGGCCGGUCAUCCGUUCUUCUACGAAGUGCGUAAUGAGUUCUAUAAGGACAGUCAGGGCGUGCUGCUGGUUUAUGACGUCGGCCUCAGGGAGAGUUUCGACGCCCUCGACAGCUGGCUCGGCGAGAUGAAACAGGAAAUGGGUUCUCAGGCCAACAUGGACAGCAUCGUGUUCAUCGUCUGCGCCAACAAGGUCGACCUGACCAAGCGGCGGGUUGUUGACGAGGGGGAGGGGCGUCUGUGGGCGGAGUCCAGAGGGUUCCAUUACUUUGAGACGUCAGCUCAGAGCGGCGAGGGCAUCAACGAGAUGUUUCAGGCGUUCUUCUCGUCCAUCACUGACAUGUGUGAGAACGGCGGGAAGCGCCCGGUGGCAGAGGUCAGCGUGGCCUUCACCAAAGAGCAGGCCGACACCAUCAGGCGCAUCCGAAACAGCAAAGACUCAUGGGAUAUGCUGGGGGUCAAACCCGGCGCCACACGGGAGGAGGUCAACAAGGCGUACAGGAAGUUGGCGGUCCUGCUGCACCCGGAUAAAUGUGUGGCGCCCGGCAGCGAAGACGCCUUCAAGGCGGUGGUGAACGCUCGCACGUCUCUGCUGAAGAACAUCAAAUAACCCGACCUCGCACGCUGAUGAUGUCAUAACCACAGUAUUUAUUUAUUUAUAAACAUAUUUAUUUAGAGUCUUUGUGCCAUGUGAACGACACCGUGCUGCCAACCAAACAUUUUAC